AAACACAGAGAGAGAGAGAGAGACCCUAACCACAGGAACUCAGGCUGUUCACGGGCGUCCACACAGCUACCUCACCAGGACCCCGGAGAGAGUAGCGGACUGACCAGGGUAGAGACCAGCUAACAAACCACCAAAAAAGCUCAGCAUAAAAACCAUGAUCUGAUAGAAGAGCUGAAAAACCUUCACACUUACCACCAGAGGAGCCAACCGAUGAGUGGACUGACCGACGAAUAGACCACCUCAACCCAUGACCUCUGUCUCUGCUGGAAUACAUACCUAACCCUAAACGCAGAGACAGACCGGGACACAGAGAGAGAGAGGACGCUUUGGACGCCUGAAACAAGAGGAUGUACCAGCAGUUUGUUCUGUCAAUCCUGCUUGCAGGCAUCCUGUGUGCGGUGGGCGGCGACACCCGCAAGACCCGCCUCCAGGGCUCCAUCCCCAACCCUUUCAAGGGGAAGGGCAACACCUCUGACAAACGCACCCGUAAACAGGAAAUACUUGCUUCCAGCCAGGAAGCUCUCGUCGUCACAGAGAGGAAGUACCUGAAGAGCGACUGGUGCAAGACCCAGCCGCUGCGUCAGACCGUGAGCGAGGAGGGCUGUGUCAGUCGUACCGUCAUCAACAGGUUCUGCUACGGCCAGUGUAACUCCUUCUAUAUCCCACGGCACGUUAAGACGGAGCACGAUUCUUUCCGGUCCUGUGCUUUCUGUCGGCCGCAGCGGUUCACCACGCUGACCGUCGAGCUGGACUGUCCCGACCUCCAGCCACCCUUCAGGCACCGUAAGAUCCAGAGAGUCAAACAGUGUCGCUGUAUAUCGGUCUCCGUCAGUGACUCUGGGAAGCAGUGAUACUCGUCUCCCUCCUGCUUCUCUCUCUUUUUAAAAAAAAAAUCAUCUUGGACAAUCCUUAGAUACUAUCCAGAUGUUCAUCGCACCACACAGGAAACUGUUUGUACAAGACUUGAGUACAUGAGGGUGUAGAACAUGCCUUUUACUGACGGGCACAUAGAAUGAAUACAUAAAACCUGAAGGGGCCUACUCUUCUUUAGAAGUACUGAGCAUGAGACAUUUCUAUGGAGCAGCUCUGCGUUGAUCUUUUUAUUUUACCUUUAUUUAACUAGUCAGUUCUGAACAAAUUCUUAUUUUCAAAUGACGGCCUAGGAACUUGGGGCAGAACGACAGCUUUUUACCUUGGUCGGCAUGGGGAUUCGAUCUUACAACCUUUCGGUUACUAGUCCCAACGCUCUAACCACUAGGCUACGCUACCCCCCCCCCCCCCCCACAUGAGACAAACUUGACAUUUCUACAACCCAGGCCGAAUUAACCCAUGACUAUAUACACUCUGCAGUUCAAAGAUGGUGGAUAAAUGAUGUCUUACUCAGGCAUUUUACUUUGUAAAAAAACAAAACGGUCACAGUUCCAGACUGCUUAAGAAGGUGCCUCUCCCAUAGACGACAAUGCGAUAGCAGCUCGUUCUGGUCUACUUUGUUCAUUGACUGUAUAUGAACCAGAGGAAGAAAAAAAAAAAGCAGAGUGAGACAUCUCACUUCCUCUACCAUCUCUGCAGAAACAGAUUUACCUGGACCACAGGUCUCCUCCUCAGCCUGUCGGUGAGCGGGGUCAUAUUCAAAUGGAAGAAAACUGACAAACAAAAAGGGACUUGUCCAAUACAAAAUGCUACAUUUUCAACUACAAAACGUGUUGCUAAUGUAUGCCCUAAUGAAUAUGAGCAUAUUCCACAGAGGGACUCUGGGAGAUAAGUUGUUGGAGAGACUGACUGGGUUAGUAGCUGACCUACUGCAGCACCAGACUACCUGGGGGUUCCACAGAGGGUAGGAAAGACUGACUGGGUUAGUAGUAGACCUACUGCAGCAACAGACUACCUGGGGUUUCCACAGAGGGUAGGAGGUUGUUGAAUAGAGACUGACUGGGUUAGUAGUAGACCUACUGCAGCACCAGACUACCUGGGGGUUCCACAGAGGGUAGGAGGUUGUUGAAUAGAGACCGACUGGGUUAGUAGUAGACCUACUGCAGCAACAGACUACCUGGGGUUCCACAGAGGGUAGGAGGUUGUUGAAUAGAGUGACUGGGUUAGUAGUAGACCUACUGCAGCACCAGACUACCUGGGGUUUCAGAGGGUAGGAGGUUGUUGAAUAGAGACUGACUGGGUUAGUAGUAGACCUACUGCAGCACCAAACAACCUGGGGUUUCAGAGGGUAGGAGGCUGUUGAAUAGAGACUGACUGGGUUAGUAGUAGACCUACUGCAGCACCAGACUACCUGGGGUUUCAACAGAGGGUAGGAGGUUUUUGAAUAGAGACUGACUGGGUUAGUAGUAGACCUACUGCAGCAACAGACUACCUGGGGGUUCCACAGAGGGUAGAAGGUUGUUGAAUAGAGUGACUGGGUUAGUAGUAGACCUACUGCAGUAACAGACUACCUGGGGGUUCCACAGGCAAUAUAUCAUUCUGUACAAAUAAAUAUCACAUUAUUAGAUUUAGAGAGAUUAUAUCACUACAAUGUUACAUUAUAAUAACAUUUAUCAUUACCUAAAUUAAUAAAUGAUAUGCUAAAUCUA